AUGGGUUUAACCGACAAAUUGAAAGGACUUAAAAAGGACGACGUUGAUAACGCCAACCAACAAGCUGGUAAAUAUGCCGGAGGUAAGGACGGCCAAACAGGUACUGACUUUGCUCAAGAAAAAUACCAAGAACGUUAUGGUAACAAGUCUUCUUCUGGUACUACUGGUUCAGGCACAGGCUCAAACACCGGUGCUGGUGUAGGCAGUGGUGCCGCUGGUGCAGGUGCUGCAGGUGUUGGUGCUGGAGCUUACGGUGCAGGUCAAUCCGGCUCCCACGGUACACACGGUACCUCUUCAGGUACUACCGAUGCCUACGGUAACCAAACCACCGGUUCACAUGGUACACAUGGUACACAUGGUUCAGAUGCUUAUGGUAAUCAAUCCACCACAUCAUCGUCUGGCUACGGUGACAAGUCAUCCUCGACUGGUUACGGAAACCAAGGUUACGACAGCACCUCGACUUCUGGUCAACAUGGUCACCACAGCGGUAACCACCACUCCUCAACUGGUCACUCUGGUACAGGUACUGGAGCUACCGCUGCUACUGGAGCUGCCGGUGCUGCAGCUUACGGAUCAUCUGGUCAUGGUUCAGCAGGCCAAUCGGCUGUAAACUCUGGUAAUGCUGGUUACAGUACUACCAAUCCAUCUACAAGCAAUGCACCAUACGGUUCUGGUGGUGACGGUUUGCCAAGCAAAACUAGUGCUGGUGAAUACAACCAAACUGCACACGGAUCUCAUGGUACUCAUGGUACUCAUGGUACUCACGGUACCACUGGUACCUCUGCUACUUCUGGCGCUUAUGGUAAUGAGUACUCACUGGGUCAACACUCUGGUACUGGUUCAGGUCUCACUGGUCACCACGAUUCAUCCAAGCAUGCUACUGGUUCCAACUACAACAACACCCAAGGAUCUAACUACGGUACAACAGGUUCAGGAUACGGUUCAGGUUCAGGUUCAGGUGUAGGUGCAGGAUCCACUGGUACUACCGGAUACGGUUCUUCAGGUACAUCAGGUUCCUCAUCUGGCCACCACUUCAAGACUGGUAACGACACCUUGGAUGCCAAGAUUGCUCAAUUGCCAGACCACUUGAAGGAGGAAGCACACCGUGAAUUCAACAAGGGUUACGAAGCUGCUAAGUCCCAAUACAGAUCAUAA